UAUCUAUAAACUCUGCUGUUUCAAAAANAUCCUUUCAACACAAUUCAACCAAAGAAAGAUUACUAGUUACCCCUUAAUUUUCCGAAACUCCAGAACAAGAAAACAUGAACACCAUGUCCAGCCUCAACCAGUCCUUGCUAGAAUCUACACAAGACCAAGCACGCCUAAGCGAGCUAAAAGCCUUCGAAGAAACAAAAACAGGGGUCAAAGGUUUGAUCGACUCCGGCAUCAAAACCGUGCCCAGAAUAUUUAUCAGGCCACCGGAUGAGCUAGCCCAGGAGAAAAAUCACAUCCAAUCCAAUCUUCAAGUCCCCAUUAUAGAUCUUAGUGGGGUCAACGAAGACGCUUGUGCGCGUGAGAAGAUUAUUGGUGAAGUGAAAAGGGCAUCGAGCGAAUGGGGCUUUUUCCAGCUCGUCAAUCACGGGAUAUCCCAGGAAGUCCUGGAUAAUAUGCUGGACGGGAUAAGGAAGUUCCACGAACAAGACGGCGAGGUGAAAAGGGAAUUCAACACUCGCGAUAUGAUGCGGAAAGUGAGAUUUGGCAGUAAUAUUGAUUUGUAUCGGUCGCGUGCGGCCAACUGGAGGGACUCGUUGACGAUUUCUGUGCAGAAUUUUGGGAGUAUUGAGUCUGAUGAGUUGCCUGAAAUCUGCAGGGACUCAACAAUCAAGUAUCUGGUCCAAGUGGGAAAAGUAGGAGAAACCUUGUUUAAGUUAUUAUCAGAGGCACUUGGUCUCAAACCGAACCACCUGAGAGCCCUGGAAUGUGGCAAUAAUGGCACUUUUAUCGGGCACUAUUACCCGGCUUGUCCCCAACCAGACAUAACCAUCGGCACCAGUAAGCACACAGACCCUUCCUUUUUGACAAUUCUCUUGCAGGAUCAAAUCGGGGGCCUCCAAGUCCUGCAUCAGGAGCAGUACAUCAAUGUACAACCCCUGCCUGGUGCCUUGGUAGUCAACAUUGGAGAUAUGUUGCAGAUCAUUUCAAAUGACGAGUUUGUAAGCCCGGAUCACCGAGUUCUUGCCAACCGGGUAGGGCCAAGAAUCUCGGUGGCGGGAUUCUUUACCGGUGAUGCUUUAAGUGGAAGGAUAUACGGCCCCAUAAAAGAGUUGAUAUCGGAAAAUAAUUGCCCACGCUACAAGGAGUUUACAGUGCGGGACUAUAUAUCAAAGUUCUUCAUGCGCCCAAUCUAUAAGUCAGGGCUCGACGAAUUCAAGUUGGAAGAAUAGCAAAAAAACCAAAAUAAAAAAAUAAUAAUAAUAAUAAAAUAAGUAAAAAUAAAAACCCCUUGUCAACAAAGUAGAAUAAAGUCUGUAAUCUGUUACAUGUUAAUAUUCUUACUGUGACUGAUAUGAAUCAUUUCAGUUUCUUCAAAAUCAUGAUCCGUGCUCUGCAGGUACAAUGGCGAGUGUAAGAAUUUUAGGUACGAAAAUUCCAGAUUGUCACACAAACAGAAAUAAAAUACGCAGCGGAAAUAAAUAACACGAAAAUUCAAAAUUUAGCCUACAAGUUAAAAUACUU